AUGAUAGAAAUUUAAUUUGACAAUGAUUCAAACAUAAAUGCAAAAAGCUACAAUAAAAGCGAUAAAUCUAUGAAAAAAUAAAAAAUCAGUAGGACUGAUGUUCCCGCAAAUUAUUAAGUUGCAAUGCGUCACAGGCAAGUUUUUAAUCUGCACUAGAUUCCACAGGAUUACAAAGGUUAAUGGUAAUGUGAAUGCUGUGGUAGAUAUAGCAAACCUUAUAGUGUGCAUAUGAGGACAAGCACAGAUUUUCUUUCUUAUUUGGGGACAUCUUACCCUUUAUAUUUUGAUUUUUUAAAGAUGUCCUUUUUAUUUUUGCUUGCUGUUCUUUUUGUGAGUGGAAUUUAUAGCUUAACUUUAAAUAAUAAUUAAAACAUAUGUAUCUCACAAAAAGGUGUAGAUUAAAUUGCAGAGUCAUAUUACUUGUCUCUGUAAAACAAUUAAUCUCCUGUAAAAAUCCAAAUAAAUUGUUAAAAGAAUUGGAUUACCAAAUUUGCGCUUGGGAAUAGAGGAAACGAUAAAAAUUCUUUGUUUAUAUAAGAUAUUCUUAAUUUAAUUACAGUUAUGGGAUUGAUUCUAAUCAUCCACUAUAUUGUUAAGAGGUAAAAAGAGAAACAAAUUAAACUAGAUAAUUACUUCUAGCAGCCUAACUCUUUUACAGUACUUGUUAGUAAUAUACCUAUUGAAUUUACAGAUGGAAAAAAUUAUGAAAUCGAAUUGAUAGAUUAUAUAGAGAACAAAAUGAAUUUAGUGGAUAUACAUGACUAAAAAAUUGAUAUGAAAGGAUCAAUUUAAAAGAUAACAUUUUGCUUUAACAUAGAUGAACUCAUCUAAUUAGAAUAAGAAGUUAAAGAUUUAAAAAAGAAAAAAAUGAAAGAAAUUAACACAAAUGGCUUAGGCAGUGAUGAAGUUUAUCAAACAGAAUAACAAAUACAAAUUACUGAAAAAAAAAUAGAAACUUUAAGAUAGGAUCUUUCAUCAAAAAGGACAAAAGAUUUUAUGCCUAAAUAUUUUUGUGGACAAGCAUUCAUUACUUUCAAAUACCAGCAUAUUGCUUUUUAGUUCUUAGAAACUGUAAGUAGAUACAAGUCUUUCUUUUCUAAAUAAAAAUUUUAUUUUUAAGGUGAAAAAUUGACCUUUAAGGAAGCACCUAUUCCUGAUGAUAUUGAGUGGAGUGAUAUGUAUCAAGCUUCUUAAAAAUGCAAGAUUUUUACCUUUUUUUUGGAUAAUUAUUUACACUUCUUAGUAGUAAUAGCUGGAUUAGUUAGUUAUGUAAUUAUCACAAUAUACUCUUAUUUAGGAAUUACAAAUCAUAAUCGCAACUAUGCAUCAUAUGAUGAUGUUGUUUCAUCUCAUCUAACAGCUGUAGGAUUAGCUAUAAUAAUGUAAGCCCUAAACAUUUAUUUCUAUAUCCUCGUUAAAAUUUGCCUUAGAAUGCUGAAUUUUAAUUCAAAGACAAGUAGAUUAAAUAUGACAACCAGCAUAACUAUUAUUUUAUAAUUUAUUAUAAAUAAUGUGAUGCCUUUUGCUAUUCUUUCAUCAUAAAUGAAUAAUUAAUCCCUUUAUAGUAUGUUAUAUAACCCAACUGGCCUAUCAAUACUUUAAACAUAUAAUUUCUUCUUACAAGCAGUAACACCUGUAAUUCUUUGUGUUAUUGAUAUACCUUACCUGAUAAAAUGCUUUUAUAGAGAUAGAGCUCACCUAACAAAAAGAAGUCAAUAUAUCAACCAAGAAGAGUUAGGAAAGAUAUUUGAAGACCCAGAAUUUGACUUAGGUUAUCACUACUGCACUAUCAUUAGAGUCAUUUAUCAAACUAUGUUUUAUGCACCUAUGAUUCCUAUGUGUUUGAUAUGGUCGCUUGGGAGCAUAAUUAUCUAUUAUAUAGUGACUAAAUUUUAGCUUAUUUAUAGAAGAGCAGUUAUAGAUGAUAUUGGUCCAGAAAUAAGCUUUAGCAUUUUGCAUCAUCUUCCGAUAUCGUUAAUAAUAUUUUCAAUAAGCACCUACUGCUUCCAUAGGAUAAAUGACCCUUAAUAAUUAUAAAAACUGAUACCCUCUAUCAUUUCAAUAAUUAUAUCAUCCGCAAAUUAUCUUUUUAUCCCACUAUUUAGAUCUAAUGCAAAAAUAUUCGAAUUGGAUAUUGAUAGUUUGACUUUUUUCAAUUUAAAUAGACCAUACGAAGAUAUUUAGAGCUAAUUCAAAACUGAAUAUGACAAAUUAAAUCCAGCUAUGAAUACUAAUUUACUUGAAAAAUACAACAAAAAUGAGAAUUAUGCUAAUUUAAAUGAAAAAUCAAAGUAAUAUGCUCAAGGAAAAAGUUUUGUAUAGAGCAGUACUCCUAAGUCUUUUUAAAAUUAAAUGGAUUUUUAAUCAAAUUCAAAUAAUUUGAAUCUAAAAUUAAUUAAUUCUAAAAAGUCAAGUUUCUUGGAUUUAAAAAUGAUUGAAAGAUCGAGUAAUCAAGGCAACGAUUAGUUUUAUCAAAGCUAGGGCUAUGCUUCAUAAAAUAAAUCUAAUAAAAGUAGUAAUCAAUAAAUCCAAAUGCAAAAUAAGUAUUUAUAGCAAAGUUAACUAACAAUAGAUAAAAUGAUUUAAAAUUAAUAAAAUUCAAAAUAAUAAAUAUCUGGAAAUGCUUAAGAUUUGAUACCCAUAGUGCAAAAACAACUUAGCAUCAUUAAAUAGACACCUUAAUAUGAUUCUUAGUUUGUGAAUAAACAAAUUGUAAAUAACAAAUGGCUUUUGGAUUAAAUCAGAGAGUAUUAGUCUAAUUACCAUAGAAAUAGAUAGAGAUAAGCAAAUUAAUCUGAUUUUCUUCUUGUGAGCUAGUUAAAGGCAUAGCUUGAAUAAUCUUAAUAAAUACUUACAUAAUAAGCAAAGAUUUUAAAUAAUGCAAAGCAGUGA